AGUCAUCUGACUCCCACAUAGCUGCACACACUUGUAUACAAAGGCACAGACACCAGCUGGGCUCCCAGCCCCAUUCUCUACUGCCCCUUCCCCCUCCCCUCUCCCCUCUCCCCACACCUCCUUCCUUCCCCUCCCCCAGCAAUUGACCAUGGCCUCAGAAGCAGAAAGAACAUUCCAUCGAUUCGCUGUCUUUGGAGAAUCAUCCAGCAGCGGCAAUGAAAUUACCAACAAGAACUUCUCCAAACUCUGUAAAGACUGUGGUAUCAUGGAUGGCAAAGCAGUGACCUCCACAGAUGUGGACAUUGUGUUCAGCAAAGUGAAGGCCAAAAAUGCCAGAACCAUCAACUUUCACCAGUUUCAAGAGGCAAUGAAGGAGCUGGGCCAAAAGCGCUUCAAGGGGAAGAACCCAGAUGAGGCUUUGCAAGAAGUUUUUAAGCUCAUGGAAGGAAAGGAUCCUGCCACCACCGGUGUCACUAAAGCUACGACGGUGGGUGGAGUAGACCGGCUGACAGACACCAGUAAGUACACCGGAACUCACAAGGAGCGCUUUGAUGAGAGUGGUAAGGGUAAAGGUAUGGAAGGUCGGGAAGAGACUACUGACAACUCAGGCUACGUGAGUGGCUACAAGGGGGCUGGCACCUAUGACAAGAAAAACCAGUAGAGAAGAGCCAUCUUCGCCCGCUAGUUUCCUGACCCCGUGUCUUUAACACCAGGAAAUCUAGGAAAUAAUAAGCAAUGUGUGUGCAGCA